AGUCUGAGGAAGGAGGCGUACGAGGUAGAAAUUCAUCGAAUCCUCCGAGAGGCGGAGGUUCUGGAUCACAGUAAGGAUCCCUGCGAGGACUCCUUCAUCCCGGACACAGAGGGGAAAACCUUCGUCAUCUUCAUCCGCAUGGAGCAGGAAGCCGAUUUCACCACCUGGACCCAGCUGGCAAAGUGUCUCCGUGUCUGGGAUCUGGACGUCCGCGGAACGCACAAGGGGCUGUGGCGUCUGUUCCGGAAGAAGAAUCAUUUCCUGGUGGUGGGAUUCCCGUUCUCCCCAUAUUCGACUAAGAAGCCGCCGUCUGUGACCGCCAUCUACAUGGAACCGCCUCCCAAAGAGGAAGCAGCUGCAGCCGGGGCGGACCAGUCCUGACCCUGGG